CCGGGUUAUCGGGUUUAUCUGGUGUUAGUGUCUCAUCGACAUCAAGCGGUAACGCGAAUGAUAACAGUGCAAAUAAUAAUGUUGGUGAUAAUAGUGCGUUUGAUCCAAGCGGAGUGACUACCGUCGUCUCAAGUGCAAAUGAUAAUCGAACUACAAAUGAUUUACAUCAGCAAGUACAUGUACAUCAUAAUUCCGGUUUAAUUUUACCGGAAUUAAGUGGCGUUGAAUUGGCAAUGAGUUUAAGCCCAAAGAAUACACAUCAUCAUUCACAUUCGUUAAAUCAUCAUUUGAAUCAUCAAUUAGCAAAUCAUCAUCAUCAUUCAUUGAAUCAUCAUCAAAGUUCAGCACUUGGACAUCAUCAUUUAAAUCAUUUAAAUCAUUUGCAUGCAGCACAAAGUGCUGCGGCUGCUAUGCACACAACGCCAUUUAGUGUUACGGAUAUUUUGUCACCAAUUGAAGAGAGUUAUCGUAAAUUAGAAUUAGCUGCAGCGUCUGCUGCCUCAACCGUACAGAAUCCACCAUCACCGUACAGCAGAUCGACGUCUAGUGGUAGUUCAAUCAAUUCACCGGUUGCAUCGUCCGUGGGUGUGCCAGGCAGUACAGGACCCGGCGGUGUUGGAAAUAACGGUUCAACAGGCGGUGCAAGCAGUAUGGCCGCGUAUGCGACGGCUGGACAAUUUGCCGCUGCGGCACAAGCACAAUAUUGUAGUCCGGCGGAUAAUAUCACAUUGGGACCACAUUAUUCAACGCCCCAUGGAUGGUAUCAAAGUACAGCGGCGGAUCCACGAUUUGCUAUUUCCAGAUUAAUGGGUAGUACAGCCGCUUCAGCAAAUAUGGGUCAUCAUGGUUUAAAUAAUAUGGCUGGACUUGGUGCAUGCGCUGUACCUGAUUCAAAACCUAUGCAGUUUCCAUUGGCACAGCGAAGAAAACGACGAGUUUUAUUCACUCAAGCACAAGUGUAUGAAUUAGAAAGGAGAUUUAAACAACAAAAAUAUUUAUCAGCUCCAGAACGUGAACAUUUAGCAUCGCUAAUACAUUUAACACCUACUCAGGUUAAAAUUUGGUUUCAAAAUCACCGUUAUAAGUGCAAGCGACAAGCAAAAGAAAAAGCCAUGGCCGAACAAAAUCAACAUAAUCAGUCGUCAAGUUCACCACGGCGUGUGGCAGUGCCUGUCCUGGUAAAAGAUGGCAAACCAUGUUCAGGUGGUAACAAUCAACAAACGGGUGUUGGUGGCGGCAACGGUGGCACGGCUGACAUCAUAACUGGACGGAACAACGGUGGCAGUGGUGGCAGCAACAACGGAGGCGGCGGCGGUGGAACGGGCGGCCAACAGACAGCCGGAGGCGGUACAAACAAUUGUAGUGGUGUUACAAACACCGGUAACCAUUUACAUGCGUUACACCAUCAAACGGCUGCAGCACAGGUGGUCACAUCACAAGCCGCCCAAUGUAUGGCCGCGGCAAAUGGCAGCGCCACCAUUGCUAUGGCCGCCGCGUACCGCAAUCAAAAUAAUUAUUUACAACAUCAGCAACAAUGUGGCGCGUAUUUACCGUUACAGGGCCGGGCUUGGUAGUGGGACGUAUAUGAGUGAAAUUUGACCAAAGAUAUUUUAUGGUGAACACACACGAA